UCAAAAAGGAAUUCACAUGGUCACAGAAACUUCUCAUGUUCUUAUUUUCUACCCUGCUCUCUAAAAUGUGAAAUACCUUUUAAGAAUUAAGAAACUGGUAAAUACAUUGAUAAAGCCGUGAAAAUGUCUGAUGGCAAAAUUUCGAGAGGAGGAUUUCUGAUGACCACGGAACGAACAGCUUAUCUUGUUAUUUGGAUUUCUUUCAUUAUAACGAUGUUGUUCCUCCUCCCUUUUCCCUCCUUCUGUAGAUGCUCCUGUGUGCGUGUGGGAGGGUGUGCGGGAAGUUAUGGCCGUGGUGGGGGAAGUUGUGGAGAUGGAGUGUCGCGUAAGAGCAUCUCCACCACAUGUUUCCUACUCUUGGGAGAGUUUCUCAUCGUCCUUCUCAUCAAGUGCUGGCCAGGUUCGUGUGAAACUGAGACACGAGGACGACGGUCUACGCUCCAUUGGUUUCCUGAGGGCAGAGAACACAUCGCUCGGUGGAGGCAAUAGAGGUCAGAUGGCGGAGUGCUUGCCUGAAAACGACGUGGGGCCCGCCGACCAUCCAUGCUUCUUUAGUAUCCUGCUCAUAGAGCAGCCGAGCACCUUGAUUGGCUGCUACUAUCAUGACGUAACUACUGACUCAGCCGCUGUCACGUGCUCGCCUGGUGCCGCUGUCGGUCAGCUGCCCCAAAUGUAUCACAUCGAGGUACGUGAGGCCGGGAGGAUGGUGGCCGCUUACAACAACAGUGAGCCGCGUUUCAAUCUGACGUCCUUGGCGCCUGGACGGGACUACGUGCUAGCGAUGUUUGCUUCUCACGCGCGAGGUCGCGGCCAUCGGACAUCGCUCAUCAUGAAGACCCAUACCCCCAAGGCAGAGCAGGUGGCGCCGGAGAGAGUGCGGCCAGCGAACUCAGUGAACAAAGGCGUAGAGGUACCACCAAAGCCCACCGAAUCCCCUAGAGGCCGCACCAGUGGAGGGGCUCAAGUGGGCAUCUUGGUGUCGGGUGUCGUAGGAGUAGUGGUGGGCGUGGCGGUGGUGGUGACGGCGGUGGUAAUAUGUCGUACCCGCCAAGUCCACGUCUCCUCUUCUUCGUCCUCUUCGUCAAGCAAGGCCAACCAGUACGGAAAGAAGUCAGGGGAUUCGCUUCUGGAGGUGCCUCAGGGAGGUUCUAUGCUCUCCACGACCACUUCGCCUUCCUGCGAGAUGAUGACCACCUUCGCGUCGGGACCAGUCGUGGUGACCCAGGUGACCCCCGCCAGGCGAUCCUCCACACGUAGCCUCCACAGCCGCGCCCCUUCUACCAGCGGGGGGCCUGUGCACGUGGUGGAGGUGGAGGCAGACGACAUAACGACGCCCACGGUGGAAAUCGAGUCGCCAUCCAGGUCGAGGCUGAAUUUGAGGGGCAGUGGCUUUACCCCGAGUGACUCCUCCACGUCAUCGGUUCGAUUUGACCUUCAACAAAAGAAUGAUUCCUAUUCUGAUGGCAGAACGGAGUCGCACGUUCCUCCACAGUCCACCUCGGAGGUUCACGCGACCAAGGAGCAUCCACUGCAACAAAUCCCCACCGUCGCCUUAACGCAAGAGAUGCCCAAUAUCCAACUUCCUCCUCUCGUCCCCUUUACUCAGAGUGGAACACUUCCACGCACAACCAAGACCCACACCACUAUCCUUCCUCAGACCGCUAUCCUCCACACAGCCAUGCCACCCUCACAUACCAUUACCUACAGCUCAACAGCAACACAUCUCACAUCAACCCUCAACACUAACCCCGACAAUAUUCUACACAUUUCAUCCCCCAUUCCACGCCUAAGGAACAUUCCAGAACCCCAACGCCUGACACUCACCCCUUCCCAGCAGGAGCCCCUAACCUACGCCCUCCCACCGGCCAUCACGCUCUCCCGUCUCGCUUCGCAGGUUCAUUCUGCGCCAGGCCCACACGAGUGCCAGGCACCUUUCGACUCUCAGCUACUCCCUCUUCCUCAGGAGACCCUUCACACUAGGGGCAGUACGGAAAGACAGCAGCACUCUCAAGCUCGUCCUCAAACCCCCAGUGACUCAGAUCUUCUCACAGGAACCCAAACACUCUAUCAGCAUUCAACAUUACCUGAACAUAUUUCAAUAAAGCUUCACUCAACUUUUCGGUAGUCUGGCUCUUUAUUACCCCUAG